GCCCGGGCUGGAGGCGGAUUCCUCUCUCCGGGUUUUCAAAGCGCCUUUCCGAAACCUCCUCCCCGCCCGCCCAGAGAGGGAGUGAGAUCCCGGGCGCAGUCGCUCCCCGGGGCGGCCGAGGGGCGCGCGGGGAGAGGCCUGCGCCGGGGUACUUUCAAACUGAGGCGCGCGCACACACUCACACCGAGACACGCGCGCACACACACACACACACACACACUCAGACAGACACACGCGCACGCACACACACACACACACACACACAUACACGCCCAUUUAUAUAGGCGGUGGCGGCGGCAGCGGCCGGGGCGGCGGCAGCGAGGCAGGAAUGAUGGAGCUGAGCCAGCCGACCGGGGUUGGAAGCAAGUGAGGAGAGCCCAGGCGCACCCCCCGGAUUUCCGUGCCCGGCUCUUGUCAUCCUACCCAGGGAACGGUGCGCCCGGAGGAGGACCAGGUGGACUGAUUUACUAGAGGGGCGGGGAAGAGGAGGAGACCAGGUGAACGGAGGAGCCCCCGCGUACCCGGACCGCCCGGUCGCGCCUUUGCCCGACUCCCGCUCCCUCUCCGCCCAGGUGGGCGCGCCCGGUUACCCGCUCGCCAGGGGCUCUUUGAGGAGACCAGAAAGUCGCGGCCCGGCUUCGCGGGAUGCCUUUCGCCAAGAGGAUCGUGGAGCCGCAAUGGCUGUGCCGGCAGCGGCGCCCGGCGCCCGGCCCGGCGGAGGACGCGAACGGAGGCAGCGCCGAGCCGCCGCCGCCCCUGCAGCCGCCCGGCCGACGGGACGAGGCCGUGGCGCCCGGGCCGGAGGAUCCUCCCCGUGUGCCCCCCGCGCCACCCGGGCCGCCGCCGCCCGCCCCGACCGACCAGGCGCAGCCGCCGCACGGAGAGGCGCCAGCAGCCGGCGAGGAGAGCGCGGCGGGGGUCGCGGAGGCGGCGGCCGCGGCCGCGGCGGGCGAGGCGUCCUCGGCGGCGGCCGCGGCCGUACUGCUCAUGCUGGACCUGUGCGCGGUCAGCAACGCCGCGCUGGCCCGCGUCCUCCGGCAGCUCUCGGACGUGGCCCGGCACGCGUGCAGCCUCUUCCAGGAGCUUGAGAGCGACAUCCAGCUGACCCACCGCCGCGUCUGGGCGCUGCAGGGCAAGCUCGGUGGCGUGCAGCGCGUCCUCGGCACGCUGGACCCCAAGCAGGAGGCAGUCCCCGUCUCCAACCUGGACAUUGAGAGUAAGCUGAGCGUAUACUACCGCGCCCCGUGGCACCAGCAGAGAAACAUCUUCCUCCCGGCCACGAGGCCGCCCUGCGUGGAGGAGCUGCACCGCCGUGCCCGGCAGAGCCCGCAAGCCCUGCGCAGAGAACACCGCAGCCGGAGUGAUCGCCGGGAGCAGAGAGCCACUGUCCCCCUUUCUGUAGUGGCUCCUCCACUGCCAGCCUACCCCCCAGCUCACAGCCAGAGGAGGCGCGAAGUAAAGGACCGGCACUUCUUAACGUUUAACAGCACCCGUUCGCCCUCCCCCACUGAGUGUUGCCACAUGACCCCAUGGAGUAGAAAGUCCCAUCCCCCAGAAGAUGAAGACACAGAUGUCACGUUAGGGCAGAGGCCAAAAAACCCGGUACACAAUAUCCCCUCGACACUGGACAAGCAGACCAACUGGAGCAAAGCACUGCCUCUCCCAACACCAGAGGAGAAAAUGAAACAAGAUGCCCAAGUGAUCUCUUCUUGCAUUAUUCCCAUCAAUGUCACUGGAGUUGGUUUUGACAGAGAGGCUAGUAUACGCUGCUCUCUUGUUCAUUCACAAUCCGUACUACAGCGGAGACGAAAACUGAGGAGGAGGAAAACCAUCUCGGGUAUCCCCAGAAGAGUCCAACAAGAAAUAGAUUCUGAUGAAUCCCCUGUGGCCAGGGAGAGGAAUGUGAUCGUGCACACACAUCCAGACCCUUCCAGCACUGUCAACAGGAGGUCUGGAACCAGGGACUCGGAGUGCCAAACCGAAGAUAUUCUGAUUGCUGCUCCAUCCAGAAGGAGAAUCAGAGCUCAAAGGGGUCAGAGCAUCGCAGCUUCCCUUUCUCAUUCUGCCGGCAACAUCUCCGCGUUGGCAGACAAAGGCGACGCCAUGUUUACUACAGCAGUGAGCAGCCGCACAAGAUCUCGGAGCCUUCCCCGGGAGGGCAACAGAGGUGGGGAUGCUGAGCCCAAAGGUGGUGCUAAACCCUCAGCAUAUGAAGAGGGGGAGUCUUUCGUGAGUGACCGAGAAAGAAACACUAAUGAUUGCAGUGACGCCCCCAGCAGCCCGAGUGCACAGGAACGCCAGCCUGCUCUGGGCCUGGCUUGCUCUCAACAUCUUCACAGCCCCCAGCACAAGUUAAAUGAGAGAGGGAGGUCGCGUCUAUCCCGAAUGGCUGCCGAUUCUGGCAGCUGUGACAUCUCCUCCAACUCGGACACCUUUGGGAGCCCCAUCCACUGCAUCUCCACGGCUGGCGUCCUCCUCAGCAGCCACAUGGACCAGAAGGACGAGCACCAGUCAUCCAGCGGCAACUGGAGUGGGAGCAGCUCCACAUGCCCCUCACAGACCUCAGAGACGAUUCCUCCUGCAGCUUCUCCUCCCCUCACUGGCUCUUCACACUGUGACUCGGAGUUGUCCCUAAACACGGCCCCUCAUGCUAAUGAGGAUGCCACUGUCUUCGUGACCGAGCAGUACAACGACCACCUGGAUAAAGUGAGAGGCCACCGGGCAAACUCCUUUACCUCCACGGUGGCCGACCUGCUGGAUGACCCCAACAACAGCAACACAAGUGACAGUGAGUGGAACUACCUGCAUCACCAUCACGAUGCCUCCUGCCGCCAGGAUUUUAGUCCUGAACGCCCCAAGGCAGACAGCCUGGGCUGCCCGAGCUUCACAAGCAUGGCCACCUACGACAGCUUUCUGGAAAAGUCUCCAUCAGACAAAGCAGACACUAGCUCUCACUUUUCAGUGGACACAGAAGGAUACUACACUUCCAUGCACUUUGACUGUGGCCUCAAAGGUAACAAGAGUUAUGUCUGUCACUAUGCAGCCCCGGGCCCAGAGAAUGGCCAGGGCAUGGAGGUUCCUCCUACUCUCCCGGACUGUGCCUGGCAGGACUACUUAGACCACAGGAGGCAGGGAAGACCAAGCAUCUCUUUCAGGAAACCAAAGGCAAAGCCGACCCCACCUAAACGGAGCUCAUCACUGAGGAAGUCCGAUGGAAAUGCAGACGUUUCUGAGAAGAAAGAACCAAAGAUGAACACUGGCCAGCUCCUGCCUCACAGUUCCAGGGAAAUGAAGCUGCCUCUUGAUUUCUCCAACACGCCUUCUCGAAUGGAAAAUGCCAACCUUCCCGCCAAGCAGGAAUCUUCUUGGAUGAAUCAGAGUGAACAUGGUAUUAAGGAACCUCAGUUAGACACUUCAGAUAUUCCACCAUUCAAAGAUGAAGGUGCUGACUCAACUCAUUAUGCAGAUCUCUGGCUUCUAAAUGACUUGAAAACAAACGAUCCUUACAGAUCUUUAUCUAAUUCAAGCACUGCUACGGGUACCACAGUUAUCGAAUGCAUCAAAUCUCCAGAGAGCUCUGAGUCCCAAACAUCCCAGUCAGAAUCAAGAGCCACCACCCCAUCCCUUCCUUCUGUUGACAACGAGUUUAAACUGGCUUCACCAGAAAAGCUGGCCGGCUUGGCAUCCCCAUCAAGUGGCUACUCGAGCCAGUCUGAAACACCAACCUCCUCUUUCCCUACAGCUUUCUUUUCCGGUCCACUGUCUCCUGGAGGUAGCAAAAGAAAACCGAAAGUCCCAGAAAGGAAAUCCUCACUACAGCAACCCUCUUUAAAAGAUGGAGCUCUGUCACUGAGUAAAGACCUUGAACUUCCAAUUAUACCUCCCACCCAUCUUGACCUAAGUGCUCUUCAUAGUGUCUUGAAUAAACCAUUCCACCACCGUCACCCACUGCAUGUGUUUAGUCAUAAUAAGCAGAACCCAGUAGGAGAAACACUCAAGUCCAAUCCUCCACCAUCCCUUGCAAUUACACCGACAGUUCUGAAAUCUGUGAACCUUAGGUCCAUCAGUAAGUCUGAAGAAGCUAAACAAAAAGAAGGCAACAAUACAGAUCUCCCCUACUUAGAGGACAAUGCUCUCGCAAUGGCUGCCCUGUCGCCAGGCAAGAUGAAGCCACAUAUGGCUAAGAAAUCAGUAUCACGUCAGUACUCCACUGAAGACACCAUACUGUCCUUUUUAGACUCCUCUGCACUUGAGAUGGGACCAGAUAAACUACAGCUAGAGAAAAAACGUACUUUUGAUGUAAAGAAUCAUUGUGACCCAGAAACAGUUACCUCAGCUGGUAGCAAUCUUCUAGAGUCAAGUGUCACAAGAGACCCAAUACCUAUGGAGAGUGAGCCCAUUCCAGAAAACACACCAAGUAAAACUUGUGACUUUCCCACAGAAGGAUUUCAGAGGGUCUCUGUCGCCCGCCUAAGUGAUGUGGAUGGUAAAACACUCCAAUAUGGAGCUGGUGCAGAUGAAGCCCCGGCACAGGCGCAGAAGGCAUCCUCUGCAGGUGGAGAGGAAGCUGCUCGCCUGGAGUCUGCAGAUGUGCUCACUUCUCAGUCGGACGCACCAACCAGACCCACAGACAUAAACAAUCAACUUAAGCAGCAACUGGGGACGAGCCGCCACCAUGACCAAGUGCCUGGGAAUAUCAGCUACGAAGCAGAGGUAUCAACUGCAAAUCCAUGCCCUGAAAAACGUUCCGAGCAGGAAAAUAUCGCUUCAGGUAUUUCAGCCAAAAGUGCCUCUGAUAACAGCGGAGCAGAGGAGACCCAAGGAAGUAUGGAGGAGGUUUCACUGAAAGAAUCGUCACCGAGUGAUGACUCUAUGAUUUCGCCACUCAGUGAAGACUCUCAGGCUGAAGCAGAAGGUGUGUUCGUGUCUCCAAACAAACCUCGUACAACUGAGGAUUUAUUUGCAGUCAUUCACAGGUCCAAGAGGAAAGUCCUUGGAAGAAAAGAUUCUGGGGAUAUGUCUGCUCGAAGCAAAUCGAGAGCUGCUCUUGGCAGCGGCAGCGCCGGAGCCGGUUCUGUCACUUCGCCCAACAGCAGCGUGACCACGCCAAACAGCCAGAGGUCUCCCGGCCUCAUCUACCGAAACGCCAAAAAGUCCAACACAUCGAACGAAGAGUUUAAGCUGCUGCUGCUCAAGAAAGGAAGCCGCUCGGAUUCCAGUUACCGCAUGUCUGCUACUGAGAUCCUGAAGAGCCCCAUCCUGCCCAAACCCCCGGGGGAGCUCCCGGCGGAGUCCCCGCAGAGCGCCCAUGAGGCCCAUCAGGGGGCCCCUGGAGCCGAGGUGUUGUCCCCGCUGUCUCCAUGCUCCCCAAGAGUGAACACAGAAGGCUUCUCCUCCAAGAACUUUGCCACCUCAGCAUCCGCAAGGGUCGGGCGCUCCCGAGCGCCCCCCGCGGCCAGCAGCAGCCGCUACAGCGUCCGCUGCAGGCUCUACAACGCGCCCAUGCAGGCCAUCUCCGAGGGGGAGACAGAAAAUUCUGACGGGAGUCCCCACGACGACCGGUCCUCCCAGAGCUCCACCUAGGUGGCCCGGGCCAGGCUGGCUAGCAGAGGCCAGAGCCCUUGGUCCUAAGAGGACGCAGGACCGGUGCGGAGGACUGGGGGGCGGGAGGGGGGGUGGGUGUCGGCGCACCACGGGGCACCAUCGGGCACCAUUGCUGCUUCCCAACGAAUUCCUAAACAUUCGCUGGGGAAAUGGAAGCUGGUUUGGUCUUUCUUGAUUAUUUUCCAUGUUUUUAAGUAGCUGCACCGUCUUUCAUAUUUUUCUUUAGUAUAGUUUGAUUUACCCAAUCUCAUUCCUUUUAUAAUACAGAAUUUGAAGAUGUCUGCUUUUCAUGAAACCUAGAAAAAGUUUUCCCAGAGCUGCCUAUUCAAAAAACAAAGCCCUCACUGUCAUAAUUCUUAAGAAGAUGAAAUUACUCUGGAGGUUUGGUAUUUUUUUACAUUAAAAUGAACUACAGCAAAAUUUAGAAGAAAGAACUACACACAUGUAAAUACCAUAUUUUUGAUAAAAAUGUGUAAAUAGAUUUAUCAAUGACGAGUGGACAUGUGGCCAAUUAUCUACUACACACCAACUGUUUAAAAAACAC